CGUUUUCAAACUCAGUAUUACCUUUCUUUCCCUUUUUUUUUUUCUUUCUUUCUUUCUUUCUCCUCGAUCUUUUAUGGAACAGUCUUCAAAAAAACGAAAACAACAUUCUCCAACUACUCAACUUUUAAAAAAAACACGUAUUGAAUCAGUCAAAAUUGAAAAUGUGGAUCUUAAGUUUGACACGGACACUUUACUAUCGGACAUGCAAGAAGAACCUGUUUCCUUAUUAUCAGUUACAACAGACGAUAAAGCAGAACAACAACAGAUCAAUGAUACUCAAACACUUCAAACAGAACCGAAAUUACAAUCUUGGAAUAGCGCGUUAGAUAUCAGUCUGGAACAAUUGAAAUUACAUUCUACAACAACAAAAAGAAAUCGAAUUAUUCCUUCAAAAUUAGAUGUAAUGACUUCAAAUGAAACAAAGUUAAAAUUCUGGUGGUUUGACGCUCAUCAACAUUAUAAAAAAGGAUUAAUCUACUUAUUUGGAAAGGUCUUUGAUCAUACUACAAAUCAAUAUGCAAGUUGCUGUGUCAUCGUUGAAAACCUCCUUCAAACUAUAUUUGUGUUACCUCGAACCUAUCUUUUGGAUGAAGAGAAUGAAAACUCACAGAGGCAAAUAGUAGAUAUAUCUGAUGUACAAAAUGAAUUUGCUCAAGUACUGGAACGAUACAAUAUACGAGAUUGGAAAUGCAAGAUACGAGAAAGGAAAUAUGCUUUUGGAUUAGAAAAUGUGCCUACUACUGCAAAUUAUUUGAAGAUUCAAUACAGUUUUCAAGAACCCAAAUUACCAAGUAAUAUAAAUGGUCUCACCUAUAGUCAUGUCUUUGGAACAAACACAAGCCCUUUGGAACAUUUCUUAAUUAAACGUCGUAUCAAAGGUCCACAGUGGUUGGAAAUUACUCAACCUAAAUUUAUUGAUGAAGCAAAGGAAACUUGGUGCCGAUAUGAAUUCACUGUUAACAAUCCAAAAUGUGUUUCACCUAUUCAGAAUCAUCAAGAUCAUUCUGUAUUGAAUACUCCACCUCUUUCAGUUAUGUCUCUCAAUAUUGAUACUAUGAUGAAUACGAAUUCUUUGGGCUAUGAAAUUAUAGCAGCAGCUGUCCUACAUUUUCCAAAAGUCAAAAUAGAUGAAAUUAGUCAAUUAGAACACUUGGAGAACUCAAGAUUUGUUGUCACUCGUCCUUAUGGCAAUUUAACUUCUUAUUCACACUCUGACUUGGUGGAUGCUUUGAAAAAACAACAUGACAGAGGUCUUCCUAUCAAAAUCGAACAAAGCGAAUAUGCGUUGUUGAACUAUAUAUGCAGCAAAAUCCAUAUUCUUGAUCCAGAUGUGAUUGUUGGACAUGGUCUCUCAAGGUUUACUUUAAACGCUCUAUUCAAUCGAAUGAAAGAAUGUGAUAUUCCUUUCUGGCAUAAAGUGGGGCGACUUUGUUGGAAAAAAAUGCCCAAACUCGAAGCUGAUUUCGGAACGACUCCAUUCUCUGCUGCAAAAGAAAAGACAUUACUGACUGGACGUUUGAUCUGCGACACAUUUACAGCAUGUAAAGAUUUAAUCCAAACAAACUCGUAUCAUUUAUCAGCAUUAGCAGAAUCACAACUGGGAAUUCAGCGACAAACUGGGAGCAUACAUAAUAUGACAAACAUACCUCUUGAUGGUUCACAUAUACCCACAAUUCUAUUGGCAACUCAUUGUUGGCUGGACGCAUAUUUGGUUAUGGGACUUCUCUUCAAAUUUCAAAUCCUACCUCUGUCCAAAAAAUUGACUAACAUUGCUGGCAAUCUAUGGUCAAAAUCACUCGAAUUUUCAAGAAUGAACAGGAACGAGUAUCUCUUAUUACACGAAUUCCAUCAACAGAAAUAUAUAUGUCCCGACAAGUCAUUUCAGGAUACUCAAGGUGUAGAACUAGAAGGAAUGGAGGAAGAAGAUGAAUAUGGUAAUGAACCAACACCACCUCCGUCAUUGAUAAAAGCGAAAAAAGGACCUGCAUUUACUGGAGGACUUUUAUUGGAGCCCAAGAUAGGAUAUCAUGAUCGCUUUGUCGUGCUUUUGGACUUCAACAGUUUAUACCCAACCAUCAUUCAAGAAUUCAAUAUCUGUUUUACUACUGUGCAACUGAAAAAGGUUGAUGAAGAAUGUAUAUCUAUACUUCCUAAUGCUGGAACUCCUACUGGUGUACUACCUAGGUUGAUGAGCCGAUUUGUUCAAGAAAGAAGAAAAGUGAAAGAACGGAUGAAAUCACCAAACUUGGAUGAAAAUAAAAGGAUGCAGUAUGACAUUGAACAAAAUGCGCUCAAGUUGACAGCAAAUAGUUUAUAUGGUAGUUUAGGUUCGGAUUUCUCAAGAUUCACAGCGAAACACUUGGCUGCUAUGGUUACUGCUCAAGGGAGAUCAAUUUUGCGGGAUACUGUAGAUUCAGUAGAACACCAUCUCGAAUUGGAUGUGGUAUAUGGUGACACAGAUUCUAUUAUGGUGGCUACGCAUGAAGAUUCUUUGGAAAAAGCUCAAUUGGUUGCUAGAAAAAUACAAGAUCACAUCAAUGGACGAUAUAAGCUACUGGAAUUAGGUAUUGAUGGCUACUUUAAACGAUUACUUGUUUUGGGCAAGAAAAGUUAUGCUCCUCUGAUAAUGACAAAAAGUAUGGAAAAUCCUGAUAUAUGGUUAGAAGAGAUCAAGCCAAAAGGUUCCAAUAUUUUGCGAAGGGAUUUAUCAGAACUCUCUAUCUAUGCCACUGGAUGUGUACUCAGGAUCAUUCUUUCAGACGAGGUGAACAAAUUGGAUUCUAUACACAAUUUCUUAAAAAAGACUCGAAGCAAAGUUUGUACCAAGAAAUUACCCAUUGAAAAAUUUGUUAUUCAUAAGCAAUUGACAAAAAAUAUUGAUGACUAUACAAGUGCCAAAGGACAAGCCCAUGUACAAGUAGCGUUGAAAAUGAAACAAAACGGUCGAAUCGUUAAAGGUGGAGAUACUAUAUCGUAUGUUGUAUGUAUAGCGGAAGAUGAAGAAAAUGUAGCUAUGGUCGACAAAGUGGCUUUUCCAGAAGAAGCGAAACUAGGUGAUAGAAUCAUUGAUAUCAAUUGGUAUUUACAAUAUGAACUUUUACCAUCAGUGACUCGAUUAUGCCAACCUUUGAUGGAUACCAAUGGAUUUGCAGAGUGUCUUGGAUUAAAGAUGGGAAACAACUCGAAAAGAGAAAAGCAAUUACAAAAAAUACGACAACAACGACAACAUAUUCAAAGUUUGAAUGAAACUACGCCCAUGAAGAAAUUGGAUAGAAUGAAACAAGUUCGAGCAUUUCGAGUGCAAUGUCAACAUUGUCAAACCAACGUUAAGGUUCCCGGAUACGCAAGAUAUUUGGUCUCUGAUCAGAUUUGGGUGUGUGGAUUGCAAUGUCCAAAGUGCCAAUAUAUGAUGUCAACAGCAAGUAUCGCAACUCAGUUAGAACUGGCCAUCCGAUAUUUUAUUGGACUAUAUUAUGAAGGUUGGUUUUAUUGUCAAGAUUGUGAAUAUCAAACCAAGGAUGGCACUACCAUGCAAUGUAAAAUUACGGAGGGUUGUAAUGGAUCAUUGACUCGUGAAUAUACAGCAGAUAUGCUUUAUGGUCAAUUGUUGUACUUCAAGGGAUUAUUCGAUAUCAAAAAAGAUGAAGAUGUAUUAUCACUGGAUGAUGAAGAGAAAACGAAACAAACCAUAGCAGAACAAUAUAGUGAAGUGUUUGAUAUUCUCAACAGGAUAAUUCAACGAUAUUUAGAUCAAUGCGCCUAUCGCUUUGUAAAUAUGAAUACUUUUAUAGAAACAUAUGAUUUUAUUCAAUAAAAAAGAAAGUACCUAAACUUAUUAUCAAUGUAGG